GCCAAGCGAUGACUCCCGCUUGAUGGAAGCUGCGAUUGGAACAAAUUCCUUCGGCCCACCCAUGCCAGACCCAAACCCGAUUCAACCAGAUUCAGCGCCUCACGUCGACCUCAUCUUUUUCUGCACCUCCCACUGACUCCUCCACCAAUCCACUGCUUCCACCUCUCCACACUGACCGACUCAGCACCGCAAAAGAAUUUACUCAGUGACCUCCUGCGUUCUUCUUCCAUUGCCCACCAUCAUAUCACAUCACUCCUCAAUGCUUCACUGGGUCUAAAGAGCUUCCUUCCUCGCGUCUAUGUGCUUCCCAAGCAUCUUUACCUCUCAAGAUUACAUUAGUGGUACUACUUACUAUCCUCCCGAAUUUAUCUUUGUUCGUGCCCGUCUGACCAUGCCAGAUCAUCUGUGGAAAGCCCAAGCAAACUAGAACGCCUCUGUUCGGCAAAGAGUCAUAAAACCCUCCAAAAUGAUGUCUCGAACAAUCAAACCAUGGACCUUGGUCCCUAAACUGGCCAACAACAUCGCCAGUGCUUCGGCCAUUCGCGCCCGAUCCCUCGCAACUGUGUCGAACAACACACCUCGAGAGCAACAAUUGCCUCUGCACAAGCAGUUCAAGUCCACUGCUCCAGCCCACGAACGAGCCACCUUCACCAUUCGGAACGGCCCAAUCUUCCACGGAACUUCCUUUGGUGCCCGCAGCAACGUCUCGGGCGAGGCCGUCUUCACCACCUCACUGGUCGGAUACCCUGAGUCAUUGACCGAUCCUUCCUACCGUGGCCAGAUCUUGGUCUUCACCCAGCCCCUCAUUGGCAAUUAUGGUGUUCCAUCUGGCACCCGUGAUGAGCACGGCCUGUUGAAAUAUUUUGAGAGCCCUAAUAUCCAAGCUGUUGGUGUCGUCGUUGCCGACGUGGCACAACGAUACUCCCACUGGACUGCAGUCGAAAGCCUCAGCCAGUGGUGUGCUCGGGAAGGUGUCCCCGCUAUCACCGGUGUCGACACUCGUGCCAUUGUCACACAUCUCCGUGAGCAGGGCUCCAGCUUGGCCCGAAUCACCAUCGGAGAAGAAUACGACCAGGAUGAGGACGAAGCUUUCGUCGACCCCGAGCAAAUCAACUUGGUUCGAAAAGUCAGCACAAAGGCUCCCUUCCACGUCAGUGCAGCUUCUCCUACCGCCCAUGUCGCCGUCAUCGAUUGUGGCGUCAAGGAAAAUAUCCUUCGCAGCUUGGUCAGCCGUGGUGCAAGUGUGACUUGUUUCCCCUUUGACUAUCCCAUUCACAAAGUUGCUCACCACUUCGAUGGCAUCUUCAUUUCCAACGGCCCAGGUGACCCAACUCAUUGCCAAGACACCGUCUACCACCUUCGCAAGUUGAUGGAGACAUCGCAACUGCCAAUCUUUGGUAUCUGUUUGGGUCAUCAGCUGUUGGCUCUCGCUGCGGGUGCCAGGACCGUCAAGCUCAAGUACGGAAACCGAGCGCACAACAUCCCAGCUCUCGACCUCACCACUGGAAAAUGCCACAUCACCAGUCAAAACCAUGGUUACGCUGUUGAUGCCGCAACAUUGCCCGAUGACUGGAAGCCAUACUUUAUUAACCUCAAUGACAAUUCCAACGAAGGGUUGAUCCACGAAUCUCGUCCCAUUUUCUCGACUCAAUUCCACCCCGAGGCUAAGGGCGGUCCUCUUGACUCUUCGUACUUGUUUGACAUGUAUCUUGACAACGUUCUCAAGUACAAGCAAGGCCAGACUGCUUCUCAGCCAUACCGAGACAGCAAGCCAAGUCCUUUGCUCGUGGAUCUCUUGUCCAAGGAGCGAGUUGGCGUUGACCUGACCCAGGGCAUUCGCAACAUGAUGGCAUCCGGUUCACAGGAACAGGAGCAGGAGCGAGUCUUUGCUGCCGGUGCAGCUUAGUCUUGAUCAAAUGACCAGUGAAAGGUCGAGAUUGAUGGCGUUCAUGAUUUUACCAAUGAGGGGAAUGUUGAUUUAAGUCGAAAGGUAGCAUGCGGUAAUUUGUCCAAAUGUCUAGGAUGAUUUCCCACCAUCAGAUUUCCAUCUGCGAAUAAAUAAAGUUCAUUGUUGAGAAACGAUACA